CGGUGCGCGGAACCCUGCUAAUAUCCUCGUGUUUGCCUCCACUUUUUGACAUACCUGCCUUAUACAAAAGCGUUCAAACUUCACAGUGGGGUCGCAUUCGUUAGCUAUGCGCUUCUGGAGAAGAGACGCAUUGAUUGGCGAUCUUACCUAAUUUUAUCCUCGUAUUAAAAAAAAAACGUAGAAGCAAAUUAUAGUUCACUCGAUACAUUUGUGACUAGAAGUGUAUUUUUGUAGUGCCAUGGAUUUAAAACCCGAGCUUCAGGAAUUACUGGCGAAGCCGUCCGGUCAACUGACGGAUCCGAGGAAGAUUACAUUUAUUCCAAGUCAAGGGUCUAAAGAGAAACAUCCAGAGGUAACAAACGAAGAUGACUCGGAUGUUGUGUCCACUAUCAUUGGAGAUUAUGGAAGAUGGCAGCUCUUAAUGACUUUCCUCUUAUCUUUGUUCUCCUUUCCAUGUACUUUUCACAUAUAUUUACCAACGUUUACGGCGAAAGCAACCAAAUUCUGGUGUCAAAGGCCAGAAAAUUUGUCGUCUUUACCUGUAGACGAUUGGAUAAAUUACAGUCAGCCUGUAGACGCUUGCUCGAUACGCAUUUUGCCAGCUGGAAUUACAGUAGAAAGUAUUUUAAACAACACAGCUCCAUUAUUGGACUCAUUUCAAAAGUGUACUCAAUGGGAAUAUGAUAAAUCAGAGGUUGGAGAAACAAUAAUUUCAGAAUGGAAUCUCGUUUGCGAUAACGCCAACCUGACAAGCCUAGGCGAGGUCGUGUUUUUAGUAGGCGUCGGAGUGGGAGGUGUGGUGGGGGGUUGGAUAUCCGAUAAAUUUGGCCGUAAAAAGAUUCUUAUGGGCAUGGUAGUUGCACAAAGCGCACUCGCAAUUAUUUCGUUGCUUGUAAAAUCAUACUUACAGUAUAUGAUGGUGAAGCUGGUGAUGGGUCUGGUGUCAGUAUCUGUCGUUUACGCAGCCUUUGUACUGUCUGUAGAAUUAGUUGGAGGCAAAUGGGUCACCAUAGCAGGGGUGUGCAACUUUUUUCCUCUACCGUUGGCAUACAUUAUUGUAUCCCUUCUAUCAUUGGCCAUGCCAAAUUGGAGGCAACUGCAAUUAGCGUUAUCAGUGCCAGGAUGUUUUCUACUUUUGAUGUGGUUUGUGCUACCUGAAUCUCCGAGAUGGCUGUUAAAUAUGGGUAGAACUGAAGAAGCCCGAGAAAUACUGGAAAGGGCAGCAAAAUUUAAUAAAAGAAACACGGUUGCCGAUAUAGACAAGCUUCUUCUUUUACAUAAAGUAGAGGAAGACAGAGAGGAACCUAGUGUCCUCAUGUUGUUCAAGGGAUAUUUAUUAAAGAGGACUUUUUGCUUAUUUAUAGCGUGGUUUUCAAUGACAAUAGCAUACUAUGGACUCUUGUUAAAUAUCGGUAAAUUCAAUCUCGGCAAUUUGCACCUUACAUCAAUCAUACUUGCUGUAGUUGAAGUACCGGCAAUUGCAUUGAGUAUUCCUAUUCUAUUGAAGGCUGGUAGGCGUAUACCGAUCUGUAUAACCAUGUUCGUUUGUGGAGUCGCCUGUGUAACAAGUGAACUACUUUCCAUAUUAUAUGAUGAUGUUUGGAUAAUCAUAUUUUGUCUGAUGGUCGGGAAGUUUGCUAUCGGCGCAACGAACAUGAUGCUGCCUAUUUACACCGCUGAGCUAUAUCCGACUGUGAUAAGGAAUCUUGGUGUUGGAGCAAGUCAAAUAUCUUCUGGACUGGCUCUCAUUUGUAUCCCAUAUCUAUGGGAACUGACAAAACUAAACGAACAUUUGCCGCUGGUGACUAUUGCGGCAUUGGGUGCGGCAGGCGGCGCCGUCGUCCUUCUACUACCAGACACAGUCAACUCAAAAGAUAACAAAAAACCUAAAAACGUGUCUUGUAAUGGAACAUUCACAAUCAGCGACGACAGGAGGUAUUGAAUAAACGAACAUACGUGAAUUGGAAUACUUAAAGAACGACACGAAAAAUCUUGUGUUGACAUAAUAAUUUUGAAGAGGUUUUGCACAUCCUCAGAAGUAUUGCAGUAAGUUUAAGAAAAUGUACCUAUAUUUAAUGAUUUUUACUAUGAAUUAUAUGUAUGCCUAUAUUAGGUGUAACAUUGAUAAAGUAAGAGCAUUUCUUUUGUUAGUUACUUAGUAUAUAGAGCCUAUUAUAAAAAAUAAGUUCGCCACCACUUAUCGUAUUAUAUAAAGGUAUAAUUUAUGUUAUUUUUAUUAAAAAAAAUGCUAUAAAAUUAUGAAUUGUAAUAAUUGCUAUCAUAUUUUAUUGUUUAAAACGGUGUCUGUCAAUCAUAAUUGAUACAUUUAUUAUUAUAUAUUUUGUAUAUUUGAUUAUAGUUUAAAAUAUUUUAUAUAAUAACGAAUUUUAUUAUUAUAUUAUUAGUAUUUUCAUAGAAAUACUCAAUCAUACUGGUUUUCAUUCCUUAAAUACAUAAGAGGCUUCUUCGGGUACGUUAAAUACAAAUAAUGUCUGACUUACUGUAUGUGGCUUAAUGUUACCGAUAUAUUAAACACAGUAAGCCAAUCGGAAUUGAAAUUCUAAUUGGUAAAAUACUUCAGCAGUCUAUCAAACCAUAAAUCUAAAUAUCACACACGCAUAUAUAUACUUUUUUAAUCAAUAAUUUAUUAUGUUAUGGGUCAUACAUAACACACACACACACAUAUAUAUUUAUAUAUAUAUAUAACAGUAAAAAAAUCUUCAAAUUAUUAUUACUUUUGAUGUACGUUUAAUAUCGGAAAGGUCCAAACAAAAGUACAAGAAAUGUUUGUUAUAUCGUUGUCAUAGAAAUGACAUUACGAUUCCAUGAGAUUUGUUUUGAGGCAAAACAUCUAUAAGAACUUUACUAUCAUAAAUUGUAAGUAUAUGAUUUUUCAAAGUACACUUAUCAUUUGUGUUUUCAUUCACUAAAACCUUCCUUAACAUCAUUCCAUUCAACUGUAAUAAUUAUGAUUAAUGAUAAACUUCCUACCAUAAUUAAUUAGAAUAUAUAAAUAAAACCAACGAUUAAACCAAUUUUUUCUCUUUGAGUAAUUUGAUGUGUUUAAAUCUUGUUAAUACUAAGGCUUCUGUACUUAUAUUAUAUGCUAUAAAAUAAUAUGCAUGAACUUUAAACUGACAAUGUGUGUUUAGAUUAUUCAAAAGUAUUAAAAAAAUAUUGAAUUAAUAUUGAAUGAUUAUUUUUUUAAAUAUAAUCAACAACAAUAUGAGAUUUGAAUAUUUAAAACAUCUUUAAAUUAUAUUUUAUAAACUUAUAAUAUAUAAACACGAAGUUAAAUCAUUUCUAACAAUUUUUUUUAUUAAAAAUUACUUGCAUUGAAAUUAAUAAGGAAAUUAAAAUUUUGAGUUUCGCGCAUUGUAAGUUUUAAAAUAAUUAACGUUUAUCACUAAUUAAAUUAAUAUAAUGAAUUAAUGACAUUAUGAUUACAAAAAAUAUAUAUAUUGUUGUUCCGAUGUUUCUUAAUAAAAAAAUUAACUCUAAAUAACGAUAUUUUUGUACGAACAGUAGUUAGAUUAGUAUAGAAUUUAUUGAUUGAAUAGAUUUUACAUUGUAGUGAGACGAAUUAAAUCACCUGUUACUGUACCUUUGACGUAUAUAUUAAGAAAUUUGUGAUACAUGAUGUAAAAUAUGUUAAUAUGUUUAUAGUAAUGAAACAUGUAAAGUUGUAUUAAAAAUAUAAAUAAAUUAUUUUUUAGAAAGAAA